UACUAUUACAGAAAUUAAAUUUGUCUUUUCUGACUCAUCCGCAUCCUUGAAGAGCAUCUUGUAGAAGAGGAAGGAAAAGAUGGGUGUGAAAACAUUUACUCACAGCUCCUCUUCCCACAGCCAGGAAAUGCUCGGGAAGCUAAAUAUGCUACGGAAUGAUGGACAUUUUUGUGAUAUCACUAUUCGUGUCCAGGACAAAAUCUUCCGAGCACAUAAGGUGGUACUAGCAGCUUGCAGUGAUUUCUUUCGCACCAAACUCGUAGGCCAAGCAGAGGAUGAGAACAAGAAUGUUUUGGAUCUGCAUCACGUUACGGUGACUGGCUUCAUUCCCCUUUUAGAAUAUGCCUACACAGCCACUCUGUCAAUUAACACGGAAAACAUUAUUGAUGUUCUAGCAGCAGCCAGCUAUAUGCAGAUGUUCAGUGUUGCUAGCACCUGCUCAGAGUUCAUGAAAUCAAGCAUUUUGUGGAAUACACCCAACAGCCAACCAGAAAAAGGUUUAGAUGCUGGACAAGAAAAUAAUUCUAACUGCAAUUUUACUUCUCGAGAUGGAAGCAUUUCUCCAGUGUCUUCCGAGUGCAGUGUUGUAGAAAGAACCAUUCCUGUCUGCCGAGAAUCCCGGAGAAAGCGCAAAAGCUACAUUGUUAUGUCCCCUGAAAGUCCUGUAAAGUGUAGCACACAGACAAGUUCACCCCAAGUGUUGAAUUCUUCAGCUACCUACUCAGAAAAUAGAACUCAGCCAGUUGACUCUUCUUUAGCUUUUCCUUGGACUUUUCCUUUUGGAAUUGACCGACGGAUUCAACCUGAGAAGGUGAAGCAGGCAGAAAAUACCCGGACUUUGGAGUUACCUGGCCCAUCUGAGACAGGUAGAAGAAUGGCUGAUUACGUGACUUGUGAGAGCACAAAAACUGCCUUGCCACUGGGUACAGAAGAAGAUGUCCGGGUCAAAGUAGAAAGGCUGAGUGAUGAGGAGGUCCAUGAGGAAGUGCCCCAGCCAGUCAGUGCAUCUCAGAGCUCACUGAGCGACCAGCAGACAGUGCCGGGGAGUGAGCAAGCCCAGGAGGACCUUCUGAUUAGUCCACAGUCCUCCUCCAUAGCUAAUGGAAGGGAGGAGACAAUGAUUACUACCACAUGGAUGCGGCAAGCUGACUCUGAACUGUAUGUGGAAAUGCCGAGGGCUGAGAAUAGCCAGAACUUUCUGGACAUAAGUGAUCAAGGCUCAGUAGAUGAAGGUGUCACCGAGGGGUUGCCUACACUUCAGAGCACUUCCAGCACUAACGCCCAUGCGGAUGAGGAUGACCGAUUGGAAAAUGUUCAGUAUCCCUACCAACUCUACAUUGCUCCUUCCACCAGCAGUACAGAACGACCAAGUCCAAACGGCCCAGACAGGCCUUUCCAAUGUCCAACCUGUGGGGUGCGAUUCACCCGCAUUCAGAACCUGAAGCAGCACAUGCUCAUCCACUCAGGAAUUAAACCAUUUCAGUGUGACCGCUGUGGGAAAAAGUUCACCAGGGCUUACUCACUAAAGAUGCAUCGCCUAAAGCAUGAAGGUAAACGCUGUUUCCGGUGCCAGAUAUGUAGUGCCACUUUCACUUCCUUCGGGGAAUAUAAACACCACAUGAGGGUUUCCCGGCACAUUAUCCGCAAGCCUCGGAUUUACGAGUGCAAAACAUGUGGCGCCAUGUUCACCAACUCUGGAAAUUUAAUCGUGCACCUGAGGAGUCUGAACCAUGAAGCAUCAGAGCUAGCAAACUACUUCCAGAGCAGUGAUUUCCUAGUACCGGACUACUUAAACCAGGAGCAAGAAGAGACCCUUGUUCAGUACGACCUUGGAGAACACGGUUUGGAGAGCAGCUCCUCUGUUCAGAUGCCUGUGAUUUCACAGGUCUCCUCAACCCAGAACUGCGAGAGCGCUUUCCCCUUGGGGGCUCUCGGCGGGCUGACAGAAAAGGAGGAAGAUGCACCUGAGCCGCCGAAGGCCAGUGCUUGUGCCGAGGCAGCCAGAGAGGACCCCCAAGGCAGAGCUGUCAUCCAUAACCAUUGAGUAAUGUGUGGCUUGGCUUCGUUUUUGGUUUUUGGAAAGUGCCUGUGCUUGGUCUUGUAUAUUUACAUUAAUUUUUAAAACAGAAAAAGGGUUUGGGAAAGAACUUCCCCCUUUUACUUUGUAAGCCCUACAACUGAUAUUUUAUUUUUCCUAGUGAGAGAUCGCUUCUGUAAGUACACAGUAGCAUGACGUUGAAGCAUAACAGAAACUGGGGCUGGAGAGCCGCUGCCCUAUCCCAGUUUCUUCUUCAGUGUUCAAAGUAGGCUAACACCACGUUUUAGGAAAAGAACUCAGAAGGCGAUUGUCUUUCCUGAGAUGAAGGGUACCGGAGAAGCAGGUUAUGAAGCAAAGGUUGACAGACGGCCUGAGGAGAUGUUUACUCUUACACACAGAAUGUUGUAUAUUUUGUAAAGCCUGUUGUUUUGGAAGUAUUUAUGGUGAGCAUUCUUAAAAAUUACUGGCGUGAAUACUUCUAAAAUCCAGUAAACUCUUCUUUUAAGCUUUGUCGUUUUUGUUACGGUUUUCCUUGGUGAGAAUUUGGUAUGGGCUAGGCAUUUCCUGUUCCCUCUAGUGCCACUCCAGAGGCAGAGCCAGGACUGCCCGUAGUCCAGCUGUGGAAGAAGUGCCCAAGACGGAGAGUGACGUAUGUCUGUAUGUCAGUCCUGGCCUCGCAGAACUCUCUGAGCACUGCUUCGCUGACUGAAAGCGAUGGCUGCCUGGUCUUGGAGCAGCAGUGCUGGCUCAGUAGACCACUGCCCGGUGGGUCUCCCCGUGCCCCAUCGCACUGUUCGCGCCCAGACCAGUGUGCCGCCACGUCCGUGGAAACUGCUGGAGAUAGUCUGUAUUUUACAUGUGAGGUUAUGCACUGUGAGGCUGUUUCUAUUGUGCUGUUUUGGACAAAAUAAAGAAUUGUCUGUUGAGGCUGUGUUCUUAACCCA